AUGGACUCACCCCAACUCGAACAUCCUCCCAAUAGCGAGACCCUAGGAGGUAAUGAUAUAACACAGCCAACAUUCAGGCGUGGUAUCAGUCUUGCUGCAGUCCCUGGGACAACAAAGGGCAACCUCGGUUUCGAGUAUGCCGAGCACUCUUAUCUUAGAGACACCACCAGCCUUACUCUUGCUAAUGGAAGCAUCGUAACCGCAUUACACCACCCUUUCACUUUGACAAAUGGGUUGCGCGUCAGCUACGGCCAAAUCAAUGGUCUUGCCGGUAAUUUUUACGGAACAUUUAACCCUAUCGGCAAUGGUAAGAGCGCUGAAGAACAGAGGGAUCGUUUCAUAGCCGCCUUUAAAACCCUUGACGGUCCCAAAGAUCGGCAGCCCAAAGAAGCAAGAGAUAUCCUCAAGAAUUUAGACGCGGAAGUGGCUGCCAUCAAUAAUGCUCUAGCUACCUACACAUCAAGACCCGUCAGAUUUCCCGGUUAUCUACUGCUGGCCAGGAUAAAUUGGGAUCACUUUGGUUCCGAUGCCCGCAUCGCAUAUAAUGCAGGCCAUCAAGAGGCCAUCAAUGUCGCUUUAGGAGGAAACCUUGAGCUAGCGUACAGCAUUAAUGCUUUUGCUGAUCACUACUUGGAGGAUUCCUUUUCGGCGGGUCACCUCCGCACUCCGCGUCGUUUUCUCCACUCCUUUGGUGGAUCUGACGACUUGUGCUCAAAGUAUAUGCACGACGAAGACAACGCCAUUGGCCUCUCCGUCAAGAAUCCAGCAGGAGAAGCGUGGAUUGCUUACGGAGAUAAGCGCGGCAUGGACAGACAGAAUAAUGACAACAAGAAGCACUAUGUGAAAGCCCUUCAAGUUUCCGCUAACGAGAUAUAUUCUGCAUGGAAGAAUAAGACAAAGCUCAGUCCGCCGAUGUACGGUGCGUGGGCGCAUGCGCCGACUCUCGAGUCCGCCCGAGCCCCACAGAUCCUGGCGCCUCUUUUUAGAGAUUCGGAGCGGCGUAAGAACAUGGAACGCCACCGCGAUUUCUCUUAUGAGAGUUUCGGGUACUUCAGCGCUUUUACCAUGGGCCCUCAGCUCGCGCUGAGUCGUUGGUGGUCCUAUCCCCUCACACUGGACGGGCCCCCAGGGAUCUUGAACGGGAGCCAUGUAGCUACUACUGCGAUAGGCCCAGGAAUAUGCAACGUCUACUACCAGACUGCGCAAGGACACAUAUUGGAGGACCAUUUCGAUGAGACCUGGAAGUUUGUAGAUGGGAGCUCUUUCAAGCCCAAGUUGUGGAGUCCUCUAGCAGCAAUCUAG